UACCGAGAAGUGACUUGUCAAAAUUUCUCAUAUCAUCCAUUCUAGACAGUCACCAAGCGAAACAAAUAAUAUUUUAGUUACUACUAAAAGAUAAGUAGUGAAAAUGACGGUCAAAAAUAAAACUGAGGAACCAGCGAAAGAAAAAACAGAGCCAGUUGCAGCUCAAAAUGAGGAUUUGUCUGAGGAAGACAAACGCCUCCAGGAGGAACUCAAUAUGCUUGUGGAGAAGCUUAUGGGUAACGAUAAAGAUUUGUAUUUCCCUGCUUUGCAAAUGUUGAGCAAUCUUAUAAGAACAUCCACAACUUCCAUGACAUCGGUCCCAAAGCCUCUGAAGUUUUUGAGAGAGCACUACCCUGCAUUGAAAGAAGUGUAUGAAAAGAUCAAAGAUGCCAAAACUAAAAAGUUCUGUGCUGAUGUGGUUUCGGUGCUAGCUAUGGGAGUUAGUGGUUCUGCCGAUGCUGCUGAAAAACGAGAAUGUUUAAAGUACUGUUUACUGGGUACUAUGUCAAAUGUGGGAGAUUGGGGACAUGAAUAUGUCAGACAAUUGGAGGGUGAAAUAGCUGAAGAGUGGAACGUGGACAACAUGGACACACUUCUGCCACUUGUGAGGGACGUGGUGUCGUUUGACAUGAAGCACUCUGCGGAGAUCCAGGCCUGUGACCUGCUCAUGGAGAUUGAUCGGCUAGACCUGAUCACACAGCACAUGGACCAGAGCAAUUAUCCGAGAGUCUGUCUCUACCUUAUUGGCUGUGCCAGUUAUGUAGUUGAGCCCGAAUCAACACAAAUCCUACAGGGUGUGCUGGACACAUAUUUACGUUUUGGAGAGUACCCAAGGGCUCUUCUCGUGGCCAUGCAACUACAUGAUAAGGCAAAGUGUGAGCAGGUGUUCAAUGCUUGCAAUGAUCCGUUAAUAAAGAAGCAGCUUUGCUACAUGCUGGCGCGUCAGUACAUUCCAUUGGAUAUUGAAGAUGAAGAUCUGCGCACAAUCCUUCUUAACGCCCACAUCAAUGAUCACUUCCUGAGUUUGGGCAGAGAGCUCGACAUUAUGGAACCCAAAACCCCAGAAGAAGUAUAUAAAACUUGGCUAGAGUCGGCCGGUUCGGCUCUGCGCCCUUCCCUUCUCGCGGAGCACCCAGUGGACUCUGCUAGACAGAAUCUCUCGGCUACAUUUGUUAAUGCCUUCGUCAACGCCGGAUUUGGGCGGGAUAAGUUAGUCACAACAGAGGAUGGCAACAAGUGGAUGUACAAGAAUAAGGAUCAUGGCAUGUUGUCUGCGGCGGCCUCCCUCGGCAUGAUCCACUUAUGGGACGUGGAUGGCGGUCUCACGCCCAUCGACAAGUACCUCUACACCGCCGACGAACACAUCAAGGCCGGUGCUCUGCUGGCGCUUGGGUUGGUGAACUGCGGAGUCCGCAACGAGUGUGAUCCCGCGCUUGCUCUGCUGUCGGACUAUGUGCUGCAUUCUAGUUCCAACCUCAGGAUCGGGAGCGUGUUAGGUCUGGGCAUCGCAUACGCCGGCACGCAGCGCAAGGAAGUGCUGGAGCACCUGCUGCCCGUGCUGAGCGACACGUCCGCGCCCGCAGAGAUCUGCGCGCUGGCCGCCAUCUCCUGCGGACUCAUUGCCGUCGGCUCCUGCAACGGAGACGUGACGUGCGCUAUCAUCCAACGCCUCAUUGAUGACACGAAAGAUCUUCACAGUUCUACUUACGCCAGAUUUUUACAUUUGGGUCUCGGAUUAUGUUUCUUAGGCUGCAAGGAGCGCACCGAAGCGACAAUGGCCGCCCUGGAAGUACUCCCGGAGCCCCAACAGUCGCUCUGCCAGACGACCCUGUCGAUGUGCGCGUACGCGGGCACCGGCGACGUGCUCGUCGUGCAACAGAUGCUGCACAUCUGCUCCAAGCACUACGACACCGAUAAUGAACAGUCAUCCACCGAAGACACCGCGUUCAAGAAGACUGACAAAAAAGAGGCGAAGGAAUCCAGCAGCUCUGGCUCAAGCUCCUCGGGCGCCGGCAGCUCCAAGGACGACAAAAACAAAAGCAAGUCCAAGGACAGCAAGAGCAAAGAGAAGGACAAGGAAAAGGAGGCCAACAAGGAGCUCGCCGCCGUGCAGGCCGUCGCCACGCUCGGCGUCGCCGUCAUCGCCCUCGCCGAGGAGACGGGCGCAGAGAUGUGCACGCGCAUCUUCGGACAACUGGGUCGUUACGGCGAGCCGGCGGUCCGUCGCGCGGUGCCACUAGCCAUCGCGCUGUGCUCCAUCUCCAACCCGCAGCUGGCGGUCAUCGACGUGCUCAACAAGUACUCGCACGACUCGGACAACGACGUCGCAUACAACGCCAUCUUCGCUAUGGGACUCGUGGGCGCCGGCACUAAUAAUGCUAGGUUGGCGACGAUGCUGCGCGCGCUGGCGCUGUACCACGGCAAGUCGCCGGUGCACCUGUUCAUGGUGCGGCUGGCGCAGGGGCUGUGCCACGCGGGCAAGGGCACGGUGACGCUGUGCCCCGCGCACGCCGACCGCCGCCUCGUCAACCAGCCCGCGCUCGCCGGCCUGCUCGUCGUGCUCACCGCCUUCCUCGACUGCAAGAACAUAAUCCUCGGCAAGUCGCAUUACCUGCUGUACGUGCUGGCGACCGCGAUGCAGCCGCGCUGGCUGGUCACACUCGACGAGAACAUGCAGCCCCUCAACGUCACCGUCCGCGUCGGACAGGCCGUAGACGUGAUCGGCAAGGCGGGCACCCCGAAGACCAUCGCGGGCUCGCACACGCACACGACGCCCGUGCUGCUCUCGUUCGGCGAGCGCGCCGAGCUCGCCACCGACGAGUACGUGCCGCUGUCGCCCGUCAUGGAGGGCUUCGUCAUACUCAAGAAGAACGAGGACAGCGUCAUGGGGAGCGUCCAGUAGAUUAACUAAUCUAACAAUAUUAAUUAUAGUCGCGAAUUACUGUAU